ACAAUGCACCGCGGUAAAGUAUACAACAAGACGAGGAGUGUUGAUAUCUUCGUUGUUUUGCCUAAAAAUGCGGCAAAAUAGCGAGUGGUGAAUCUAUUGCGAUGAACAGAGACUCCCUGAGCCGUUCUUGACGGGCAAUACAGCUCAAAGUCUUCAAAAUGACCCGAGGUGAAGUUACGACGUUGUUGGAUUUGUGUAUGGACUCUUCUCUGGUCUUUUUGGACUCAGCAUCRUUCAAGGGCCAGCACAUAUUCCUACCCGAGGAUCUUUGUGAAGCGUUUAUAUCCAAAAGASUCAAGUCAGGAGAUUGCAACGACAAUUUUCUUGCUUCCUUCUCAGACCCGCAGACGAGUAGAAUUGUAAGGCUGAACUUGAGAGGGGCCACAAUAACGGAUAAAGGACUCCAGCACAUCAGCCGACAGCCAAUUAAAGAAUUGAAUAUCUCCUGUUGUAAAAAGGUUACCCAGAAUGGCCUCAAACAUCUAAACCACUGCAAGAACACCCUCAUGUGUUUGAAUCUAGGACAGUGCGUUCACAUAUACGAGUUUUCUGAAGUGGCAAAUUUUUAUAACUUGAAAUAUUUAGAUCUUCGGGAGACGAUGGUUACCCAGGAGCAGUUCGAACGCAUCGCGCUGGGACUGCAAAAUCUACUGUUUUUAAACCUCUCAGAGACCUUUAUUACAGACCUCUCGCCUCUUAUGUUUWUGGGAAGUCUGACUACAUUGGAUUUGUCRGAAUGCCCUGAAAUUCAGAGCAUAAAGCCUUUGGAAUGUCUAAAAGGAUCUUUAUUAAAACUUGUAAUGUAUAACUGUACUGGUCUGCAGAACUUUGAAGAACCCYUACAGACAAUAGGACAGCUCACACUACUACAGCAUUUGGACUUAUCCAAAGAUAGGAAGGAAUACGACAUGGAUAUGGAACAACCAUAUAUUGACGGCAAUAUGUUGAGGUCUUUAUCACUGCUGCCAAAUCUUAAAAUUUUAGAUAUAUCAGGUACAGCUUUUUUUGAGAAGGAAGAUCUUGUGUGGUUUCGUCCUCCUCAUCCAAGGCUACACUUUCUAGGAUUAUGUAUUACUGAUGCCUGCUACUAUCCAGAUUUACCUGCAGAUUUGGUAACUGGUGAGGCUGGAGAGAAGCAGAUUAUAGAAUCGCUGAGACAUUACAUCAACAGACCAAGAUUUCUUAUCAAUGCCAUGAGAGAGUUGUUUAAUUUGGUCCGAAGCAGCUUGCAGCAGAUGGAAUCAAGCACUAUUUGCRAUUUGGUCCUUAAUGCAAUGAGAAGUAACAUGGCAGAUCACAAGAUACAAAUAGCUGGAAGUGCCUCUCUAUAUCAUCUGUCAAGAGAUGACGUUGAAAACCUGGCUCAAGAAAAUGCUGUUACUGAACAACAAAGAAGGGAAAUUGUUUCUGUGACUCUUGAUGCAAUGGAGAMCCAUAUAGCAGAAGAGCAGCUCCAAAAGAAUUGCUGUCUCACCCUAUGCAACUUCCGGAUCCCUACAGAAGUGGAAUUCACCUACAAGAGAGUUGCUAGAGUUCUCUUACAGUCAGCUGUCAAUCAUAGAACCGACUUCAUUCAGAGGAUUGCCAUUGGUUUGUGUAAUCUGCUUGUCUGCCAGGUGCAUGAUGAUCAGAAGGUAACUGUUGGUAGAGACCUCGGAGGAGUAAAGAUGGUUCUUCAGGUUCUUAGGCAAAAGUUAGACUCAAAUCGACCUGAUCAGGGUGGCGUUCUCGAGUGCUGCUGGAGUGCUCUAUGGAAUGUAACUGAUGAGACUCCAGCAAACUGUGAAUUAUUUAUCGACAAUGGUGGAAUGGAGUUGUUUCUGGAGUGCAAAGCAAAACUUGGUCAUCAACGAGACCUGCUAAGAAAUAUGCUCGGAUUAAUGGGAAAUGUUUCUGAAGUUAGACCCCUGCGUCCACAUCUCAUGAAUUGCGCUGAUGUGUUCUAUAAUCUACUAGACAACAGCAAUGAACUAGAGGUCAGCUACAAUGCUGCUGGUAUCCUCUGUCAUUUGGCUUUUGAUGGGCCUAAAGAGUGGACAUGUUAUCAAGUAUCAAGAGAAAUAGCCAUGGAAAAACUAGUUAAUUGUAUUGAAGAAUGGGAUAUUGGUGCCAGUCGUCAAAUGAGCUACAGAUCAUUUGCUCCUAUUCUGCGGCUGCUUCAUAAAUAUGACACCCCAGCAAUCCAGCACUGGGGAACGUGGGCAUUGGCCAAUCUCUGCAACGUAGAUCCCGAAAAGUACUGUGCACUAGUCAUUGCAGAAAACGGCGUUCCUUUACUUGAAGGCUUAGUAAGUCAUCCCCAUGUUCCACUUCGUAUCAAAGAAUAUUCACAAAUGGUUCUUGACAAGUGUCAGCCAUUUCGCAACAACCAGGCAAUAGCAAUGGAAGCAAUGGUGUUUACGAAAAGUUGAGGAUUCCGCCUCAUUGCAGUUUUACUCUUUUUAGAUUAUUAGUCUAUUAUGAUAGAGUUGUCGGUGAYAGUGAAUUAUUGUGAUUUCAUUGUUCUGAAUGCUGAGCCAAAAUCUUAUGAUCACAAUAGAGAUUGUAAAGCUUKUACGUCACCUACGUGAUUUGCAAUGCAUUAUGGGAUCAAUUUCUAAAAAUAAGAGAAAUCAGCCAUGUUUUGUCCCAGAUAGUAUCCGAGAAUGCAAUGCGUAUACGGUAUGUGACGUGAAAGUCUCAGAUGUCUGUUCUAUCAAAUUGUUUUACUGGUGUUUUUAUCAUGGUUUUAUUGCCAAGAAAACGAAAUGUAUUGAUCUAUGUACUGAGAAAAGCACAGAGGAGUAUUUAUUCUGGMRAUWGUCUAGGAUUGGUCUUAUUGUGCGGGUGGACGUAAGUCGGGUUUUCACAGUAUUCUUAAAUGCGUUUUCUUUGCAAAAAURUYCGAAUAUKKUCAUCGUUUUCGGUGGUUUCGUGUAAACGAGCCUAAACGCACAAAAAGUCAAGUGGUUUCCCGCCAAAAUAUUUUAAGUUAUCCAUAAAUUAAUCAAUGUGUAGCGACGCCAUCUUGUGCAACAAAGYAUGACGGUUGUUAUAGUCCUCGUACUUUACAAUGUCCACUAUAAAAGUAGCCAUAUAUGGUAAUCUUAUCAUAUUUGGAAGUACGUUUGGACUGGUUUUUGGCGAUUUUCUCGACUUAUAAAGCAAGAAAUUAUCUGAAACUUGCAGAUAUUGUAGCGAAAACUCAUCUCAACAAUCGGACAUUUUGUUUGUUUCCAUAUAUGGCAUGGAUUCGCUAAAGGAAGCCCAAAACUAAAAUGCACAGGGUUCCCGCACGAAUGACAUUCAAUAGCCGACUUGCGAAUUACGCAUCAAUAGUCA